CGGUGGCUGCAGCCGGCGGAGCGGAGCGGAGCAGACAGGACGGGACGGGACUCGGGAGGCAGCGCUCCAGCCGAGGGACCCAGGAGUCCGGCCACUCUCCAGCGCGGUGCGAUGCCCCCAGCAUGGCCCCGCAGCCCGAGGAGCGCGCCCUGUACCUCUCCAUCUACCUGCUGACCAUCCUGACCGGCUUCCCCACCAACCUGCUGGCCCUGCACGCCCUCAUCCGCAAGCUGCGGUGCAAGGCCACCCCCAACUGCAUCCUCCUGCUCAACCUCACCCUCUCCGACCUCUGCUUCCUGGCCUUCCUGCCCUUCAAGGUGGCCGAGGCCGGGGCCGGGCGCUGGCCGCUGCCCGCCUUCCUCUGCCCCCUCAGCGGCCUCUUCUACUUCAGCACCAUCUACUCCAGCACCCUCUUCCUGACGGCCGUCAGCGUGGAGCGCUACCUGGCCGCGGCCUACCCCAUCCGCUACAAGCUGCGCCGCCGCCCGGCCUACGCCGCCCUGGCCAGCCUGGGCCUGUGGCUCUGCUCCCUGGCCCACUGCAGCAUCGUCUACGUGACCGAGCUGCAGCCGGGCGGCGGGCCGGCCAACGCCACCAGCGCCUCCUCCUCCAGGGACCUCUGCUACCAUGACUUCACCCCCAGCCAGCUGCGGGUGCUGCUCCCCGUGCGCCUGGAGCUGGGCAUCGUCCUCUUCCUGGUGCCUUCCUUGCUCACCUCCUUCUGCUACUGCGGCUUCAUGUGGGUGGUGGUCUCCUCGCCCCACAUCCGCCGGGGGAAGAAGCAGCGGGCCGUGGGCUUGGUGGCCGCCACCCUGGCCGUCUUCAUCGUCUGCUUCACGCCCUACAACGUCUCCCACGUGGUGGGCUUCGUCCAGCAGGCCAGCCCGGCCUGGCGGGACAAGGCCCUGCUCCUGAGCACCUUCAACGCCAGCCUGGAUCCCGUCAUCUUCUACUUCUCCUCCUCCGCCGUCCAGCACUCCUGCCGCAGGUUCCUGGCCCGGCUCUGGGGCGUCUGCUCCCUGCCCCCCUUGGCCAGGAAGGUCUUCUACCGCCGAACGGAGAAGCUGACGCUGGAGCAGCCCCAGGAGCAAUGCAGAGGCCUUGGGGGCGGCCAGAUUUGCUGCUCCAAGCUGUGAUCCCAGCAGUCACCUGGCCCCCAGAGACUGACUCGACUGUGGGGCGGCCCAGUGGGUUAGGGAGGCAGGACUCCUGGGUUCUGUCCCUGGGGCUGGGGUCCAGUGGGUUGGAGCAUGGGGCUGGGAGUCAGGACUCCUGGGUCCUCUUCCCAGAUCCACAUCUUUCCAGAGCCGCCCUCCCUCCCCCGCUGCCCGGGAUCCCCUCUCUGGGGCCACGACCAAGCUGGAAAGCCCCAACCUCAUGACACACUCAGGUCAGAACUGGAACCUGCCGCUGAGCCAUGUCGGGGCCCCGUACCCCCUUCCCUUCUGCAUCAAAGGCCUCUGCCUUUCACCCUGUAGAAGGAAUCCCUGCCCUGCGAGGCUGAGCAGACAGAGCCCAGGUCUCGUGGCCUGCUGCGUGACCCCAGGCAAGUCACUUCCUCACUCUGUGCCUCAGUUUCCCCCGCUGUACAAUGGGGAUAAUGACACUGACGUAAAGCAUUGUGGGAAUUAGGGACAAAGAGCCGGCUACUGGGACAUCAUCAUCCUGGGACAAAUCGGGUGCCUUCCUGUUGCGAUUAUUAGCAACGUGGCCUUCCUCUCACGGAUCCUCUGACUCAAACCCUCCACCUCGGUACCAAAACGCACACCUCUGCUUCCCGCCGCAAGGCAGCGCUGCGGUGGGUGGCGGCAGUCGUAGGCUGUUCUCUGGGCUGGCGAGAUAGCGCCUGCCCGCAGUGCACCUCCACAGCAAGAGGGGGCGACAGAGAGCGCUGGCUCUCACGGAUCCCGGCGGUGGGAGGCGUCCCGCUGGCAGUGCGGGGCAUGGGUUUGUGCCGUGUGAGACUGCAACGCCUCCCUCUGGUGGAGUCGGUGGGUACUGCAACGCCUCAGGCACCUCCACCACCCCCUGGUGGACUCGUGAAAAUGCAUCCCACUGGUGGCCUCAUCUCAGACUUUGAUCAUCCAUUUUGCUGCU